AAAAUUUGACAGAAGUCAAAAAUGUUAUUUGAUUUGAUCCUGAUGAUCCUGUCCAAAUUUGAUUCAGCUCCGAUUUGGUCGCUAACGAGGAAUGAGCGCUCAAAAAUCAAUUUUAUUUGAUGAUAACCCAUUAUCUUAUCAACAAUUCUCCAAGUAUCCUACUAACUAGUAUUUUAUUGACUGCGACGGGAGAAGUCGAGACACACUGACGUUAUCGGUUUUCGUCAUAAUACGCACGCUCGUUCUCCAAUUUGUGCGGACGAUCAAAUGUUAAUUCAUUUAAAUUAAUUGCAUGGAUCAUAACUGCACAAAGUAAUUAAACUCGGUUAAGUUUAUGCAAAUUCGGUCAACAAAUCGAUUGUUUAAACUCAUUGUUUCUUCGUGCUGUGAAUAUAUCCUCGCAGUGUUCGCGCAAAAUAUUCUAAUGGAAAUUCGGUGUUAAAAAGUUUUUGAAACAAAAUUAUAAUGAGUGAUGAAAAACAACCACUUCUGACGGGGCCCUGUAUUGCGAUCGAACAUGCAGAGGUGCAGAGGGAAGCUGUGGAGUUGUCCAGUGAUGCAAUUAUUCCAGUCAAAGAUGAGAAACCGAAGUCUGACUACAACCCGGCCUCGGAAAGGCACCUGGAGCACCCCACCUCCAACUUCGACACAAUGAUCCAUUUGCUGAAAGGGAACAUUGGCACAGGGAUUCUAGCUAUGCCGGAUGCCUUCAAGAAUGCAGGCUUAUUGUUUGGCGUAUUCGGCACGCUGUUCAUGGGCGCGGUGUGUACACACUGCAUGCACAUGCUAGUGCGGUGUUCACACGAGCUCUGCAUCAGGAACCAGAGACCUGCGCUCAGCUUUUCAGAAGUCGUUGAGGAUGCCUUUAUGUCCGGACCAGUGCCGUUAAGGCCGUACGCUAAGAAAAUGAAAAACGUGAUCAACGUGUUCCUCGUCGUAACGCAACUCGGCUUCUGCUGCGUCUACUUCCUAUUCGUCGCCACCAACUUGCAAGACACGCUUCGCUUCUUCCACAUCAACUUGAGCGUUCACAGCUACCUAGUCCUUCUCUUCCCGCCUAUAGUAGCGCUCGCUAUGGUGAAGAACCUGAAGUAUCUGACCCCAGUAUCGCUGAUAGCGUCUAUAAUGACCGCGUGGGGGCUGGUGAUCACGUUCUACUACAUACUGCAAGACUUGCCGAGAACGAAUUCGGUGAAGCCGUUCGCGAGCUGGCAUCAGCUGCCGCUGUAUUUUGGGACUGCUAUCUACGCGUUUGAGGGGAUUGGUGUGGUUCUACCACUCGAGAACAACAUGAAGACGCCCGAAGACUUCGGCGGUUGGAACGGCGUGCUCAACACCGGCAUGGUCAUAGUGGCGGCGCUUUAUACUGCUAUUGGCUUCUUCGGGUACCUGAAGUAUGGAGAACAUGUGCUCGGCAGCAUCACGCUCAACUUGCCCAACGACUUUCUUGCGCAAAGCGUCCGCGCGGUAAUGGCGGCGUCAAUAUUCCUCUCCUACGGCCUCCAGUUCUACGUGCCCAUGGGCAUCGUAUGGCCUUUCGUCAAGUCCAGGCUGACCUCAGAGAACGCGCUCAAACACGGCGAGAACGUCACGAGACUCGUACUGAUCACGAUCACUUUCGCGGCCGCCGCCAUAAUUCCGAACCUGAGCGGCAUCAUCUCUCUAGUCGGAGCCGUCAGCAGCUCGGCCCUGGCGCUCAUCUUUCCUCCCAUCAUCGAGAUCAUGACCUUCUGGCCCGACAACCUGGGCAAAAACAACUGGAUGCUCUACAAGGAUAUACUGCUGAUAGUGUUCGGGCUGACCGGCUUCGUGUUUGGCACUUAUGCUAGCGUCAGCAACAUCUUACACUGAGAUGAUUUAGAGCUAAGUUUGAUGGACGUAUUCGCUUUUGUGUCAAAGUCGUAUAAUGCUGACAGCUCCUAUCAAACAUCUUCCCGUCAUUGUUUAUGGACGUUCUGGCCAGAUAACCCGGUAAAAACAACUGGAUGCUCUACUAGGACAUAUUACUGAUAGUGUUCGGGCUGACCGGCUUCGUCUUCGGCACAUAUGCUAGCGUCAGCAAUAUUCGGACGGCCAAGUUCGAUGGACGUAUUCGCUUUAGUGUCAAAGUCGUAAAAUGCUGACAGCUCCUACUUUUCCUUUUGCCAUCAUCGUUCAUUUUACUGAUAUUUUUCGUGUUGACCGGCUUUGCAAUUUCUGCUAACGUCACCAAUAUUCUGCAUUGAGGUAGUUAAGUUUACGGAAAGCUAAGUUCGAUGGAUGUUAGGUACUCGAUUUUGUGUCAAAGAUGUAAAGAAGGAAAAUAAAUCAGAGGGGCUAAUGCAAUGAUCGAAAUGCGAAUUUUGCCUGUCUGCAUCCUAUCAUAUUUCAUGCAGGAGCUAAAUUGUUCUCAUUUAGUUUAGAUUUUGGCUUGAAGGCUUGUGUGUACUUAUAC